CCGCACCCAUCGUGAAUCUCGAGCUUGAGCUGCCCCGGUCGCACGCCCGCUGCACGCUCCUCCCCUCAGAGCGCCCCGCCCCCGCUGCGCUCUCGCACGCCUCGCGCCCGCCUCGCUCCCGCGCACACCGGCCGCCCGCGACAUGGGCGCUGCUGAGAGCUCGACCACCGCCCGCCCGAGCUCACCAUGAGAACCGCCAACCCCGCCGCGCCCCCGUUCCCCAACCCGCUUGCCUCGCACGCGCCCGUCGCCAUGGAUCAGCCGCCUGCCGCCCCGCGAGCUGCGCGGGCUUCGCAGGACACGGCCGUCUCGCGUCCCAGCUCGUCGUCGGCCGCCGCCCACCUCGACGCCCUGUCGCCCACCUCGACCGCCCGCCCCAGCCUGAGCGCCUCCGACUCGCGCCGCCCCAGUCUUGCGCGCGCAAAGAGCGACUUUGGGCCGCGCCAGCCCGCCCAGCCGCAGGAGCCCGCCGACGACAGCAGCGUCGACGGCCACUUCAAGAUCCGCCAUGGCUGGGACGACCAAUUGAACUCGGAGGAGUACAGCAACAUGCUGACCUCGAACUUUUUCAUGUACUACACCGACAAGAAGCACGAGUCGGGCGGCCACCCCAAGAGCGAGCUCGGCUCCUCGACCGUGCAGGAAUGGCGCAUGCGCGACCGUCUGAAGACCGUCUCGGCCGUGCUGGCCCUCUGCCUGAACAUCGGCGUCGACCCGCCCGAUGUCAUCAAGACAAACCCGUGCGCCAAGGAGGAGUGCUGGAUCGACCCCACCGUGACCUCGCAGACCCCCGGCCACACGCCCAUGAACCAGAUCGGCAAAGCCCUGCAGACGCAGUACGAGCAGCUGAGCAUGCGCACGCGCUACAAGCUGCUGCUCGACCCCACAACCGAGGAGACGCGCAAGUACGCUUCGACCCUCCGAAGGAACGCCAGGAACGAGCGUGUCCUGUUCCACUACAACGGCCACGGCGUGCCGAAACCAACCUCUAGUGGAGAGAUUUGGGUUUUCAAUAGGAACUACACCCAGUACAUCCCACUCUCGCUGUACGACCUGCAGAGCUGGAUCGGCGCUCCCAGCCUGUUCGUCUACGACUGUUCUGACGCCGGUCUGAUCAUCAGCAACUUCAACAGAUUCGCCGAGAAGCACCAGGCCGAGUUUGAGGAGGCGCGGAGGCGAGACCCCAACGUCGAAUACGUCGACUUCAACGACUGCAUCCACCUGGCCGCUUGCCGAGAGAGGGAGUCGCUGCCAACGAACCCAGAGCUGCCCGCAGACGUCUUCACCUCCUGCUUGACAGACCCCAUUACCAUGGCUGUCCGCUUCUUCAUCCUCCAGAAUCCUCUUCCUAGCAAGGUCAGCUUGCGCGACGCCCACAACAUUCCAGGCAAGGUCUCUGAGCGUAGGACGCCCAUUGGCGAACUGAACUGGAUCUUCACCGCCAUCACCGACACCAUCGCGUGGAACUCUUUGUCGAAACCCUUGUUCAAGAAGCUUUUCCGUCAAGACUUGAUGGUGGCAGCCCUGUUUCGCAACUACUUGCUAGCACAGCGAAUCAUGCGCGUCUACCACUGCAACCCAGUCUCUCACCCCGAGAUACCACAGACGCACGACCAUCCUCUGUGGCGAAGCUGGGAUCUUGCUGUUGAGCUGAUCCUAGCCCAAUUGCCCGACCUGCAGGCUGAAGCGCGUGGCGAGAAGGAGUAUCUGUACAAGCACUCCGAGUUCUUCUCAGAACAGCUCACUGCGUUCGAGGUAUACCUGUCGCAAGGUGCCGUCGAGCAGAAGAUCCCCGAGCAGCUUCCCAUCGUGCUGCAGGUCCUUCUCAGUCAGGUCCAUCGACUGCGCGCUCUCAUCCUCUUGUCAAGCUUCCUGGACCACGGUCCAUGGGCCGUCAAUCUUGCCCUCAGCAUUGGCAUAUUCCCAUACGUACUGAAGCUCCUCCAAUCCCAGGCAAAUGAGUUGAAGCCUGUCAUGGUCUUCAUUUGGGCUCGCAUACUCGCUGUCGACUCUUCGUGUCAGGCCGACCUGCUCAAAGACAACGGCUACCAGUACUUCAUCAACAUUUUCAACCCCAGUUCAGGCAUCCCUAUCCAGAACGCGAGUGAACACAGGGCCAUGUGCGCCUUCAUCAUUUCCAUGUUCUGCAAGGACUACAAUCAGGGCCAGCGCGCGUCACUCAGCACAGAGCUUGUCGAGAGCUGUCUAGACCAUCUGAAAGACAUGCAGAACCCGCUGCUCCGACAGUGGUCGUGUCUUUGUCUGAGCAAGCUCUGGAUCGACUAUGAAGAGGCCAAGUGGGUGGGCAUUCGCUGUAUGGCACACGAACGACUAUGCGAGCUGGUUAUGGACCCCGUUGCCGAAGUUCGAGCCGCGAUGCUACACUCAUUGACAUCCUUCUUGGGAAUCCGAGACGUCACAUCACAAGUCGCCAACAUCGAGGAGUCCAUCGCGUCGACGGUGCUUCUCAUGACCACCGACGGCAACAGUCUGGUCCGUCAAGAACUGCUGAUAUUCUUCUCGACGUUCAUUGCACGCUACAAGACACGGUUCAUUGUCACGGCAUUUGAACACUUCUCGGAGGAGAACAACGGGGAUAUCUCAUCUCAAAUGGAGCAGAAGAACGGUGAUGGACUUUUCAUGAAGACGCGGGCGACUGCAAAUGGCUCCUCUGCCGUAAACGCUUGCUCGAACAACACGGUCUAUGCGGCUAUCUGGAAAGAGAUGCUGGUCAUGUCCGUCGACCCCUACCCUGAGAUCGCGAAGGAUGCCGGCAUAGUUGUCGACUUCGUUCUCGUCGCUUUGCUUGAAUCGUCGCUCGGUCGGUUCGCGCAAUCCCAGUUCAACGACACCGUCAAAAAGAACUCGGCGACACGUCCUGCCCGUCGUGUGCCAGAAGAGAGGCCACUCCAGCAACAGAUUGCUGCUACACCUCCUACGCCAUCGAAGGAGGCCAGCUACUUGUCGCUAUUCGGGGGUAUGCGGAAGUCGACUGCAUCCCUCAAGAGUCUCUGGACUAGUCACGAUCCAGCGACUUCGCCACAAAAGCCAACUGCGAGGGGUAAAAUGGACGACUCGGACUCUACUCUUGCAGAGGCACGCCCUGACACACCCGAAAAGUACAGCGUUGAGGAGGAGCCAAAAUCGAGAGGUUUCAAGCCUCGUUCUCUGCCCGAGAAGCCGCAGGUUCCUCUCAAGAGCGUCUUCUUCGAAUGGUCCGUUGAAUACUUCCGCGAGCCCCAGAUGAAGCCUACAGAAGCGGACGAGCCGGGCAGCACAGACUACAACGGUCGACUUUGGCGCAGGAACCGCAAUGAUAAGAUCAUUGCUGAGACUCAGCCGCUGAAGGACGUCGCAGUCUCGAACCGCUGGGAUGUGCCCCGUGGCUACUUUGACAACCUAAGUCAGCCUAUGAAGAUGACCUUCCACCAGUUUGAGGACCACCUCGUCGUUACCGACAGCUGGAACACCGUCAACGUCAUCGAUUACUCGGACUCGGUGAAGAGGCUCAACUGCUUCUCCAACGGCAACCCCCUAGACUCAAGGAUUACAGACGUUAGAUUCAUAAACGAGGACGAUCAAGCGUUGCUAAUGACUGGAUCGUCGGAUGGAGUCAUUAAAAUUUUCCGCAACUACGAUUCAAAGGGAAAGACCGAGCUUGUUACAGGAUUCCGCGCUCUGACUGAUCUCGUGCCUAGCAACAAGAAUGCUGGGCUUGUCUUUGAUUGGCAGCAGGGCAGAGGCCUUGUACUAGUGGCUGGAGACGUCAAGGUGAUACGAGUCUGGAAUGCAGGCACAGAAGUCUGUGUCAGCGACAUUCCCGCGCGAUCCGGGUCUUGCAUCACUUCCUUGACGUCCGACCAAGUUGAAGGCGAUGUUUUCGUUGCUGGAUUCGGCGAUGGAGCCAUCCGCGUAUACGACCAGCGCCAGAAGCCUGCAACCGCUAUGGUCAAGGUUUGGAAGGAGCAUAAACAAUGGGUCACAAACGUGCACUUGCAGCGCGGCGGACAGCGAGAGCUAGUGAGUGGCUGUCGUAGUGGAGAAGUCAAGCUGUGGGACAUCAGAAUGGACCGCAGCGUCAAGACUAUCCAAGCGACGACCGACCACUUGCGCACGCUCAGCGUCCACGAGCAUGCGCCGGUAUUUGCGACUGGAACUCAGAAGCACCGCGUGAAGAUCUUCAACAUCAACAACGGGAAGCCAGUGUCAAACUUCGAGCCUUACUCCGGAUUCCUCCGCGACCGGUCCGCUCCUAUCACCUCUACAGCGUUCCACCCGCACCGACUCAUGAUUGCCGCAGCUGCACUGCACGACAACCAUGUCAACAUCUUCUCAUGCUACGAGCCCAAGAACCCGACAGUGAAGACCGUGCGUUUGUGGGACGGCGGUGCUGUUGCUUCGAGCCGAGCAUCGAUCCACGGAUAGAGCGCCGUGGUGAUUUCUUAGGCGUUCUGCAGCGUAGCAAUACUACAGGAGCUGCUUGCUUUGCAUUGGGACGGUUCCGGCGUGAUGGGCAUGUUAUAAGGUUUUACGUGGGCAUAGCGUGGAUAUUGACAUUGAGCGCCAGCAUGAGGGUUUCGAGGUCCGUUUCUUUCGAUACCCACUGUAGUGUCUUUGUAAUUACGCCUCCCGUUUCAUGAAUCGAGACUUGUGGUUUUCGGCCACGGACCCUUUAAGUUAUACAAGUGUGCCUGAGUCAGUCUUCGUAUGACGCUGGUGAUGUGGGGUAUGAGUCGCACUGCCCCUCCGAACUUCAGUAAUUUCUUGAGCACCACACC